UAUCUGACGAAUUUACGACUAUACAUAUGGCAAGAAGUGAUAGGGGGUGUUUUGAUAUGCCACGAAUUUUCGAUAUCGCUCUUGAGGAAAUCAACUUACUACUUAUACAUUUUGAUUAUCGGUACAAUGAAAUUUCAAGAUCUGUGUGAAUACAUUAAUGAACUCUGUGUUUAUAUUAUAUAUAUUUAACUAACUUUCAACGAUACGUAUGGCGAGUAUUGAUCUUGGGUAUCGUGAUAUGUCAUGAAUUUUCUUUAUCUGGUAGCUGUCUAUCAGUAAUUAUAACUUUUAUAUUUUGUAGUAGCUGGCUACGAGUAGCUAACUUUUUUUUACUUUUAGUAGUUGGCUACUAGUAACUGGCUACUAGUAGCUAACUUUUCCUGAUUCAAGUAGCUGGCUACUAGUAGCCAACUUUUCUUUUUUUAAGGAGUCAGUUACUAGUAGCUGGUUACUAGUAGCCAACUUUACCGAUCUAAUGUCGUAACUCUUUCUCCGGUGGAAGAUUAACUACAUAAUAUCGUAACUCUUUCUCCGGUGGAAGAUUAACUAUACAUAAUGUCGUAACUCUUUCUCCGGUGGAAGACUAUUUAUAUAGUGUCGUAACUCUUUCUCCUAAUUUGAGCUGGGGUGUUUUUUGGGUUUUUUGUUGUUGUUUUUUUUAGUUUUUUCAAAAAUGAGCCUCUCUCGACUUUCGUAAUCUUUGAACGGUCAAUUUUAAAGACCACGUGAUCUCUGGGAAUGUUACGGUAUUAGGGAUAGAUACUCCCCAAUGUGGAUGUGCUUGCCCCAUGAGGACAGUAUCGAAGUACUAUGUAGUAUAGUAAGUACUGUGUAGGACAGUGAGUACUGUGUAGGACAAUAAGUACUGUGUUUUCGGGAUGGUCAAGCAUGAACAGGUUUUUCCGCUGAUGUGUCCAUAAACUUGACAACUUCCUGCUUUUAUUUUUACCAGUCUUCCGAGAGGAAAUACUAGUACUUCGUGUUAUAAAAAGUUUAUUUCUUCCUGAUCAGCUUCAUUAGCAUAAACAGGUGCCCCUUGAUAACGGUAUUUCGGUUUGUCAUGACUAUACAACAUCUAAGAUUUUGACAGGAAUAGAUAUAAAUAAUUUACACAUAUUUUCUUUAAUCGGGCUAUCCCUUGGGACCCGCUGACAAAUAACGUGUACAAGAUUUACGAGCCCGCAGAGAAAUGGCGUUCUUUUGCCACGGUUUACCUAGAUUUUACAGGUUUUAUAAAUCAAUGUCGUGAAAACUUUGUCAAAACAGUUUGAUUGAUACUAUAAAAUUUCCUUUUUUGGCACCACGGAUAAGAAAAUCUUUUAACAGUUCUGUCUUUCAAUAGAGUUCUUUUUUCAAGCUGUCUAGAACUUCUCUGUAUACAUGUAAAUGGCUAUAUAUGGAUUAUCUUUGAAAGCUUUCCUUCUGAAUGAUAACCCUUUUACCAACAAAACUAACAGCAUAAAGGCUCCUUUCUCUGUGGCCUUUUUAACGCUUCUUUUAAAUAACUUGUUUGCGUAUAGAAUUUCGUCGGAUAAUCAAAAUAUGACUUUUAACGUGAAAAGAUCACGGUAACUUUGUAUAAACUAAACUGGUGUUGCGUUAAGUAAGAUAGACCUCCCUUCUAAAGCUGUAUACAUAGUAUGAAUUAUUAACUUUCAUUUUAAGAGAUUCAUAGAGAUAGACCGACUUCUAGAAAGGAACGGGGCGGUCAUAUAGUUAUUGACUUGAUAGACACAGUUUUAAUCAAGUCAUAUUUAAACAGCGAGUAGCGACUACCGGGGAAUCGAGAUCAAAGUUAAGAGCUGAUGGCCUGUGGCAUUAAUUCAUGGAAUAAACAAAAACUUGCCAAGGUGUUCGAGAAGAUAGAAUGAUAGCAGAAAAUACAUCAAUUAUGGAAGAAAAGUUCAAUUUUGAAUCGAAAGUGCGCGACAGGCGGCUAACGGAUAUACGCCGAGGACAGCGGUACUUGCGCCGAAUCGACAAUUUAGCAGCGACCCAAUGGAAAUCAAACGAGCCCAGAUUAGGACAUGUUCGACGAACAAACUAUGUCACCAUAAGGCCCAUCACGGAUUCUGUUCACUCAAAAGCUCAAAAUGAAAGGUUAAUGAGGGAAGGUUUUAAUGGCGACUUCCUUUCAUCCACACCAAAACAACGCGUUCAGUCGGAGAGAGCGCUCUCUGAUUUUAGAAAAGAUGCUACCAUUUCUGGAAAUUUUGAAGACAGUCAAUUUCAUCGCUCCAGUCCAAGAUCGAAAUUGAGUUUUCCGGAUUAUAUGGUUUCUCCUGGAGGCAAAAAGAGGUUCUUAGAACCCAUACAGAGGGAUCUGUAUAAUCCGUAUGGAUCAAACUAUAGUCCGUUGGACGAGAAAACGGAGUUAACGCACAAGGACAUGGAACCUAGAUAUGAACCAAUCCGAUUUCGUGAAACCAAUCCAAGAGUUGUGAAACCUCUCCCUAAGAAAUACCCUCCGAUGAGUCGCAUUGCAUCGGAGGAUAAGGAUCGAUCUUUGAGAUACGAUACAAACUUUCGGUCGACCAGGAACGGUGUUUUGAACGUAAUUCAUCCGCCUGAAACUUUUCCAGAUCCUGUCAGAACAAACACGUUAGAUCGCAUACCUAACUUAACGGACAUUAAAAACGAGAAAACUUUCGUAUUAAUGCGCCGCCUCAACCAUUUCAUAAACCCAAACAAGAAAGAAAAAUCUAGUCUGGGGUCUAGCGAGGAGGACCUACCGCCUUCCAAAUCCCCCUGUGUCUCGGAUAUUUCUGAUGAUGUUCCUUCGGAAUACCAAAAUAUUACAGAUAAAGCCAGAGGUCCUCAAAAAACUAUGUUCUUUCCUGACAACGAGUUGUCAGAGAAGCCCAUCUAUCCCAUGUAUCACAAAAAUUUGUAUCAUCCGAGAGUCAAGAAAAAGAUAGUGUCCUUCGGUGAUUCUCUGGCGGAACUGAACAAAAGACCGAUGGACUUGUUCCGAAAAUGUCGGAUUUGGGCAAGCACGUGUUCGCAAUACUCGUCGUGUUGAUUUCAAGUCUUGUAUAACAGUCAGAUACUGUGAAUGUUUUGGAAUACGGAUUGUACUAUGUUGUCUGUGAUAUUUCAGUUUUAGUCUGUGAUUGACAGGGAGAUCUUGUUGAAUAUAUUAUUUACACGGUGCAGUUAGUAUAGUUGAAGUUGCAUGAUCUACGCCAAAUAUUUGUUCCAGUACAAUUUAUACAUUACAUUGAUGUUAGACAUAA